AUGUCCGCCUUCGCCCUGGAGGAAACGCUGGAGGCCGACUGGGUGGCCGUCAGGCCUCACGCCUUCCAGGAGCGGGAGAAGCACAAGUUCGUCUUCAUCGUGGCCUGGAACGAGAUCGAGGGCAAGUUCGCCAUCACCUGCCACAACCGCACGGCGCAGCGCCAGCGCAGCGGCUCCCGCGAGCUCCGCCGCGGCGGCCCCGAGGCCAGAGCCGGCCCGGCGGCCAGAGCCGCCCCCAAGGCCGGCAGCCCCACCGUGCGCAGGGACGCCGGCCUGCCGCGGGGCUCCGAGCGGGGCGCGGCGGCCGAGGCGCUGCCGAAGAGCCCGCUGCGCGCCAAGAGCAGCCCGGCCCGGAGGCCGCAGCGGGGCCCGGAGGCGGCAGGUGCCGCCGAAGAGAUAGAAGUGCUGGAGCUGGGGAAGGAGGAGGCGGUCGCCGCGCUGUCGCUGCCGCCGUCGCCGUUGCACGCAGCCGAGCCGGCCGCUCCCGACGCGGAGCCCGCGGGGGAGGAGUGCAGCUGGGCCGGCCUCUUCUCCUUCCAAGACUUGCGGGCCGUGCACCAGCAGCUGUGCUCGGUGAACUCGGAGCUGGAGCCCUACCUGCCUGCCUUCCCCGAGGAGCCCUCGGGCAUGUGGACGGUGCUGUUCGGAGCCCCGGAGCUAUCUGAGCAGGAGAUGGACGCUCUUUGCUACAAACUGCAAGUUUACUUGGUCCACAGCUUGGAUACCUGCGGCUGGAAGAUCCUUUCACAGGUGCUCUUCACCGAGACUGACGACCCCGAAGAGUAUUACGAGAGCCUGAGUGAGCUGCGACAGAAGGGGUACGAGGAGGUGCUGCAGCGGGCCCGCAGGCGAAUCCAGGAGCUUCUGGAAAAACAUAAGAACACGGAAAGCAUGGUAGAGCUGCUUGAACUGUAUCAAAUGGAAGAUGAAGCCUACAGUAGUCUUGCAGAAGCUACCACGGAGCUCUACCAGUACUUACUACAGCCAUUCAGAGAUAUGAGGGAACUUGCGAUGCUUAGGAGACAGCAGAUAAAGAUCUCGAUAGAGAAUGACUACUUGGGCCCCAGAAGAAUUGAGAGUCUGCAAAAAGAAGAUGCUGAUUGGCAGAGAAAAGCCCACGUGGCUGUGCUUUCUAUUCAAGACCUUACAGUUAAAUACUUCGAAAUAACAGCUAAAACACAGAAAGCUGUGUACGAUCGAAUGCGAGCAGACCAGAAAAAAUUUGGUAAGGCAGCAUGGGCAGCAGCAGUGGAACGUAUGGAAAAGCUCCAGUAUGCAGUUUCUAAGGAGACUUUGCAGUUGAUGCGUGCUAAAGAAAUCUGUUUGGAGCAGAAGAAACAUGCGCUGAAAGAGGAGAUGCAGAGCCUGAAAGGUGGUACAGAAGCUAUAGCCCAUUUGGACCAGUUAGAAGCUGAUUAUUAUGAUCUACAGCUUCAAUUAUAUGAAGUGCAGUUUGAGAUCUUGAAAUGUGAAGAGCUGCUGCUGACAGCACAACUUGAAAGCAUCAGAAGACUGAUGUCAGAGAAGAGAGAUGAAGUGGUAUAUUAUGACACUUACGAAAGUAUGGAAGCAAUGCUUGAAAAAGAGGAUGUGGUAACAUCUAUACAUUUGCAAAAAGAGGAGCUGCAAAAGUUACAACAAAAAAUCCGCCAGCUGGAAGCAAGGCGUGGACGUAUUUCAGCCAAGAAAGCCUACCUCAGAAAUAAGAAGGAGAUCUGUAUUGCAAAGCAUAAUGAAAAGAUCCAGCAGCAUCACCAGACUGAGGAGGAAUACAAAAUGCACCAUACUGUUCAGCUAAAGCGAGAUCAGUUACAAGAUGAAGAGGAAAGAAAGAGCUCCUGGGUUAGUCAGGAACGACAGAAAACACUGGACAGACUUCGCACAUUUAAACAGCGGUACCCUGGGCAAGUAAUACUUAAAUCAACCAGACUACGGCUGGCUCAUGCGAGAAGAAAAUGUGCAGCCAGCUCAGUGUCCUGUGUCGAUCAGCCUCAAUCUUUGCCAGCAACCAUACAAAUCCAAGAGAAAAGUGAAGAGGUGGAAUUGGAAAAUGCAGUUCAGCCUUUGCAAGUGCAGGAAUCCACAAGCUUAGAACAACUGCAGGAUCUCUCGUUACCUCCCAAUGGUGUUACCUCUGAACUGCCUCAUGUUACUACUUCUUCACUCACCAGUAAUGAGCUUCAACCAGAGACUGUUACUGUAGUACCGCUUCCACCCCCUUUGCCUCCACCACCUCCACCUCCGCCUCCACCUUUGCCCUCCAAGGAAGAUGCCACCAAAUCCGUAGAGAAAAGCGACAGCUUUGUUAAACAUCAGAGUGAGGAGAAGGGAGUCCAGCACUCUUCUGGUGUCCCACCAGCACAUCUGUUUGACAGCAGUCAGCUAGUCAGUGCCAAGAAGAAGCUUAAGAAGACUGGUGAUCUAGAGGGUUUACAGAGGAGGAGAGUGAGUUCCCCGAUGGAUGAAGUGUUGGCUUCCUUGAAACGUGGCAGCUUUCACUUAAGAAAAGUUGAGCAGAGAAGUCUCCCUCCUUUUCCUGAUGAAGAUGAUAGCAAUAACAUCUUGGCACAGAUCAGGAAAGGGGUGAAACUGAAGAAAGUGCAGAAAGAUGUUUUGAGAGAAUCCUUUACAAUUCUGCCUGAUACUGACCCUCUGACAAGGAGCAUCCAUGAAGCAUUGCGACGAAUUAAGGAAGCAUCACCUGAAUCAGAGGAUGAAGAGGAGAGUUUGCCUUGCACAGACUGGGAAAAUUAACCUGUAAUUAACCUACAUUUUAAAAAAAAUAUUUCUUCAACACUUUUUGUAUAACAAUAGCGGCUAAGCCUCAGGUUGUGCGUUCUAGGAGAUUUAGUAUGAAUGUGACUAAACUGUCUGACGUCCAACGUGGUAAAACCUGCACAUAUGAAUUUAGUAUCACUGACUUUUCAAAGAAUUUAAGGUUUAUAGUAAGGAAAACUUUUUUUAGGCAACAUCUUAGCCUUUUAUUGUUUGAAUACUUUUGCUGAAUACUGACAGGACUGCUCCUAUGAAAAGCUCUAUUUUAUUUAGUAAAUUUGAAGGGACUGUUUGCAGCUUACCAAAAAGCUUUAAAAAGCUUUUAAGUAGGAAAGCAGCACAAUCACUCUUGGACACACGUUGUACUUAUUUUGUAAUUACUUCUGGCCUUGUAAAAAUUUAGCAUGUUUAUCACCUCAGAUUGAAUAGCUUCAAGUGAAGGACGGUUAGAUUUGACUGCUGAACACACUGAAAUCUUAUUGGUUACCCUGUGUGACUGACUCUUUGGUAGCUUGGUUUCAAUCUGUAAACUUUCUGACUUAAUUGAAUUUCCAGACUAUAAACAGUAAAUACACAAAUAUACUUCUGCUACUCUUAUGAAUCCCAUGAACUUGCAUUAUACUAAGCUGCAGUGCCUGAAAGUACAGA